GAAACACCCUUAAACAGAAUUGACACGACUCCCUCUCGAAAAGUAGUCACUCAUUUGAAGAAGGCCUACGGACGACGCGUCCGACAAGAGAAGCGUGCCAGGCUUCCUUGUGGGUUUGUGGUCCCCGGUAAUCCCACUUCGAGUAUCGUCAUACCCUCCCGACGGCCCGAAGAUACAGUUGGCGUACGGCAAUCCGUGCCGGGCUCACAUGCGCCGAGUCAGCGACGAGACAUUCGACCGCUUCUCCCUUGAACACGUUCACCCGCACAGCUCAAAGUAUCUACCGCUGCCUCCCUGUGGUCAAAUGCCUACAGACUCGGCAAUCUUGGACUACCAGACGGCGGACAACCCUUCCUGAACCUCUUCCCCCCUAGGCGACACACCGCGAAAUUCGAACCGAAAAUGGCGCCGAACGAGCCCAUGCUUCCCGCGGCGAUAGCUCCCGAGCCACAUGGCCGUCCCCCGAGGAGGUCCUUUUCGAAUACCGAUCGGUUGAGCGCGUCCGUUGCGUCUACAAACCGGUCGAGGUCAACAGUGCGGUCGUCUGGAUGGCAGGCGAAGAUGGGGCUGGGCGGCGUCGCGAGACGGACGCUAGGCAUUUCGUUACUGCUUGUUACGGUGCUGCUGUGGACAAUAUCCAACUUUCUGGCAUCCUACAUCUUUUCGGAUCAUUCCUACGACAAACCAUUCUUCGUGGUAUAUAUGAACACGUCGGUGUUCGCGGUGUCUUUGGUACCGAUGCUGGUGCGCUUCCUGAUGCAGAACGGCGUCGAAGGUCUCCGACGCGAGGCUUUGGUGGUCUGGAACGAGCAGCGGUACGGCAAGGAGAGCCAUAAAACGGCCGAUGAGGAGGAGGACACGGUCGCGGGCGAGCGGCUGCUUGUCGACGACGAGCCGAGCCUGGAGAUGGAGGGGUUCGAGAUGACGAAGGCCGUGGAGCGGCUGACGUUCCGAGAGACGGCCAUCAUCAGCCUCGAAUUCUGCAUGCUGUGGUUCUUUGCAAACUACUUUGCGUCGGCGUGCCUCGAGUAUACGAGUGUCGGGAGCGUCACGAUCCUCAACUCGACGAGCAGCGUGUGGACACUGGUCUUCUGCGCGCUGAUGGGCGUCGAGGGGUUUACGCUGCGCAAGUUCAUCGGCGUGCUGGCGUCGCUGACGGGCAUCGUGCUCAUCUCGACGGUGGACCUGUCCGGAUCGAGCGAUGAGAACCGCGGGUCGUUCCCGCACAAGACGACGACGCAGAUCGCCAUCGGGGACUUGAUGGCCUUUGUGAGUGCCAUUAUCUACGGCCUCUACGUGACGGUGAUGAAAAGGCGGGUCGGUAACGAGGACCGGGUGAACAUGCCGCUCUUCUUUGGACUGGUCGGUCUGUUCAACCUGGUCUUUCUUUGGCCAGUGUUUUUCGUCUUGCACUUUACCGGGCUGGAGCCAUUCGCCUUCCCUCCAACGGCCAAGAUUUGGGCUAUUGUCAUCAGCAACUCGCUGUCGUCUUUUGUCAGCGACAUGUCGUGGGCAUACGCCAUGCUGCUCACAACGCCGCUGGUGGUGACGGUCGGCCUGUCGCUGACGAUCCCGCUGUCGCUCAUCGGCGAGAUGAUUCAGUAUUCGCAGUACUCCAGCUGGGUAUACUGGGUUGGCGCGGCGGUCGUUCUCAUCUCCUUUUUGUUCAUCAACAACGAGAGCCACGAGGACGAGUCGGGAGAAAAUGCACCCGAGGCAGGAUCCCGGGCGGCACACACAUAGAGCCAUCAAAGAUAGACAGCGAGAGAGGACUGUUGUAAGGCAGAGCGCAGGAGCAUACAUACGCAUGCAUGGAUCAUGGCGUUUCAUAAAGCAUGGCGUUUCCAGCGUUUGGAUUACCUGGAGCGCGAACACGGGCGCACAGCGUCUGUUUGGUGUAUAGACACAUGGUUAUCAAAUUCAAAUGCGUUACAUCAA